AUGGGAUUCGUUGAGCCCGUCGAAGAAAACGUCAAAGGAGACUUCAAUGUAUGCUCGGUAAAGCCAGAUAUUCGAUCAGCUUUGCUCGAAAUAGCCCAUACUAAGGGCUUCUUUGAUUUCGAUUCAGACGACAACCCCACUGCCAAUUCUCGCAGAGCAUGGUUGGAGAAAACUAAAGAAGGGUCAUUACAACAUCUAUCCAACCGCUGGUUAUCAAAGAAGGAGGACAUCGCAGUGAUUCAUCUGGGAAAUUGGAGCAGUAGUUCCACAGACAACUACAUUGAAGCAGAGUACCCAGAUUUCUUAAAAUAUUUGCACGAUGCGAAACUCCUGAGGUGUUUGAGCCUCAAUGGGAUCUGUGGAAUCACACAGCUUCCAGAUUCCAUUUCCAAAUUAGCCCUUCUCAACAUAUUGGACCUGAAAUAUUGCCGGGAUUUGGAGAAGUUGCCCAAGGAGAUAGGUAUGCUCAGAAAGCUAACGCACUUGGACAUAUCCGGCUGUUACCUACUGGACGAAAUGCCUAAGGAACUUGCUUCGCUUUCAGAGCUCCGAGUUCUCAAGGGAUUCAUUAUUUUUAGCUCAAGGAAAGGAACUAAGCAGUGCACUCUUGGUGAUUUGGUGAAAUUGGGGAAGUUGAGGAAACUCAGCCUCUAUGCCGACAAAGAGACCACUGGAGAAAAUGGAGAGCUGAACUACUUAUCAGAGUUUCGAUACUUGCGAAUAUUAGCAAUAUCGUGGAUUGCACCAUGUCCUGAUCCCCAAUCAGAGCCAAUCAAGAAGCUCAUCGACACAAGUGUGGUGUCCCCAUCGCUUCCUUCUGGCUUAGAGAAAUUAGACUUGAGGUGUUGGCCUUUGUCGACGAUGCCCAGUUGGAUAAAGCCAAGUGAACUCAACAGCUUGAAGAAACUCUACAUCAGGGGAGGAAAGCUUUCGCGUAUGCAAAUUAUACAAGUAGAGGGGUCUAAGUCACAAUGGAUGGUUAAGAUCUUACGUCUCAAGUUCUUGAGAGAACUGAGCAUGGAUUGGGAAGAAGUAGGUACAUUGUUUCCAAACUUGGUGUACUUCGAGAAAGUGGAUUGCCCUCAGCUAUCGUCCUUUCCAUUCCAGGUUGUGUGGAGAGUCUAA